ACUUUAUCCAUCAUGAAAGAACCAUUGUUGCCGUAUGCCGUGCCUGCGAUUCAGCACCGGGUCAAUACGGUCGCACGAUGGGUGUUCUGCAUUACUGCAGUGACGUUCUUGCUUACUUGGAACUACGUCGAGUACAAUGGUCAUCCGAGCACUCACGGCGGUUCCAAGAAAAAUGAGUUCAAAAAGUGUUCUAUUGAUACGUAUCGUGCCACUGGCUUGGAAUUCCUCGCUACCGCUGAGAGGCCACCCGUGAAUGAGUACGUUCUGCGAAGGAACAACCUUGCCAAAGCUCUCGCAGUGGAGGAAAUCGAUGCAUUAAUAGUCGAGCCAGGCUAUACUUUCAGCUACUAUGCAAACAUUACACAGCCGCAGUGGGAAGUUUGGGAGCCGGAGGAGCGUCCAUUUGUCAUGAUCAUCCGGCCCGAGAAGUUGUCAGAUGGCAGCAUCAUUGCAAACACGUCUUUCCUAGUACCACAUUUCGAAGAGAUACGUGCAAGGUUGCUGAAUAUGCCAUUUGAGGAAGACAUCCACACCGUCACAUAUGAAGAGCAUUGGAACUACUACACGACCUUGUACGAGUCGGAAAUCUGGGGUGAGACGCUGUCACCUACAUUGAUGGUCGACGAAGAGAUGCGCGACUUCAUCCAACGUGGUUUCGCAGCUAAUGGAUUCACUGUGGUUGGCUUGAGUGGUGAGGUCGAGGCAGUCCGUCAGAUCAAAACUGAACGUGAGCUUGGCAUACUGAGAGCUGUCAACACGGGUACUGUUGAAGCAAUAAGGGCCAUGCGCAAGUGUCUUUACGAAGGUUUGACAGAGAAUGAGGUUGCGGAGGUACUCGACGAUACAAUGAGAGCCGCGGGCAUCGAUCCGUUCUUCGACAUUGUAGAGUUCGGGAAGAGCGCUGCCUUGCCUCACGGAGGGUAUGACGGCAGCAGAAAGCUUGAAGCCGGCAUGUUCGUACUAAUCGAUGUGGGCGCACAUUUGUACGGAUACAGCAGCGACGUGUGUCGCACCUUCUACCCGCCGUUUGUGCCAAACCCUCCACCCUCGAAGUUCAACGUCACCGAGCAAUUGCGCGUCUGGCAAGUCGUGCUCGAUGCGCAGGAUGCAGCAGUAAAGGCUAUGGUACCGAAUGGGACGGCUGCUGCGGUUGACAUUGCUGCCCGAGAAGUCAUUGCUGCAGCUGGUUACGAGGAGGAGUUCACCCAUCGCCUUGGUCACGGUAUCGGCAUCAAGGCACACGAAAGCCCGUACCUCAACAAAGGCAAUGUCGGCGCGAUCCUGCGCCCUGGCAUGGUUUUCACCGCUGAACCUGGUGUGUACGUACUGAACGACUUCGGGGUACGCCAUGAGGAUAUACUAGUAGUGAAAGAGAACGGCGAAGCAGAAAAUCUCAGCGGCGGCUUUGCAAGGAGCCCGUGGGAACCAUGAGCAAACGAAGAUGCCGCGCAGCAAGCGUUUCACUUACAUAGUAGGCGCACGCGGUUUCAUUGUCAUUAGAUCGCUCGCUAGUGGGACCCAAACACGCUGUAGCGCCGUAGUGUCUCAUGUGAAUACCCUUACUUCAUCACCUC